UAAAAUGCAGUAAUCAUCGCUGGACUACUGGGGCCCACACCGACCAUCGAUCACCUCGGCUGGUUCGACUGUCGUUUUAGAAAGUUAACAUGCAGCUUGUCAGACAAUAAAACGUGGUUGAGCUGGAGCGGGCGUGGAGAAGGCGACUAGAACCGAUUCCCGCUUCCUUGCUCACGGGCAACACAGCUGUUUCUAACGGCCGAAGUGCGCUACAAUGAGCCUGUAUGGCGAUCUGCCUCAGGCAAAGAAUAGCACCAGCGAUGCGGCGGGCGCGGGCUGGCCGGACCCAAAGCUGAUGGCACCCGCCUCCCUAAAGAAGCCUGCCGCCAUGGCCGCCCCCGCCUUCAAGCCGCCUCCCUCGGUGCUGCGGGCGGCGGCGGCAGGAGGCGCAGGCGGUCCUGGGCGAGGAGGCCCCGCAAGGGGGAUACCCAUCACCGGGCGGACGGGCGGGCGGGGGCCGCCCAACACCCUGGUCGUGGACGGGUCGGGCUCUGACGGCGCCCGCUCCCUCACGCCCGCCGCGACGCCGGGCGGCGGGCCGGCAGUAGCAUCCGCGUCAGCACCAGCGCCAGGGGGGCCUGCUACAGCCGGCCCAGGGCCAUCGGGGACGGCGCUGGGAGGCGGGAGUAGCAUUUUUGCGCGCCAGGACGGGCGGCCCAUCGAGGAUGAGUACGAUCCCAUGCGGCCCAACGACUAUGAAGAGGUGAUUGCGGCACGUGAGCGGGCCCGCAAGGCUGCCGAGGCUGAGGCGGAGCGGCUGGCCAAACAGAAGGAGGCGGAGGCCGAGGCGGAGCGGCUCCGGAAACAGGAGGAGGAGCGUGCACGCGCUGCGGCGGCGGUCCUGGCGGCGGCGGCGGCACCGCCGGGCGCCAGUGCGGCUGCCCCGGGCGGCGCCGCACCUGGCGGCGAAGCCGGCGGCGAUGCGGGCGGCGGCGUCAUGUCCAUGGAGGAGUACGCGCGGCGGCGGGCGGCAAUGGGCAUGACGGGCGAUGACGCAUUCGCGCGGCGCGGCCGUAUGGCAGUGGCGCAGGCGGCGGAGGCGGCACUGGGGGCUGCGGGCAUGGGUAUGGGCGGCGGCGCCGGCGGCGGCGGGGCCAUGGGUCCGCCAGGGUCCGCCAUCGCGCGGCCGGAUGAGGGCGGAGCUGCUGGCGGCGGCGCUGCCGGCGGCCCCGGGUCGACCAAGGGCAUGUCGCUGGCUCAGAAGCUUCUGGAGAAGAUGGGCUGGCGCGAGGGCGAGGGACUGGGCAGGAACCGGCAGGGUAUCUCCAACCCGCUCAUGGCGCAAAAGACCACCCAGCGCGCCGCCGUGAUUGUGGAGGCGCCCAGCCUACCCGCCAACAAGGACCAGCCGGACGCCAAGAGGCCCAAGGGUGCCCAGCUGACGGGGGCGCCCAGCCGCGUCAUCUGCAUGCGCAACAUGGUGGGGCCGGGACAGGUGGACGAGGAGCUGGAGGAGGAGGUGGGCCAGGAGCUCACCAAGUACGGCAAGGUGCUGGAUGUGCUCAUAUUCGAGGUCACCACCGCCGGGUACCAGGAGGAGGAGGCGGUGCGCAUCUUUGUUCAGUUCGAGCGGGCGGAGUCCGCGACCAAGGCGGCAGUGGACCUGCAGGGUCGCUUCUUCGCUGGCCGCAUGGUGCGCGUGUCGUUUUUCCCCGAGGAGCGGUUCACCUCCACAGACCUGGCGCCCAAAGCAGGGGAGUUUGACUGAGGCGUUGACCGUGGAGGGGGUUGCUUCUGAGUGCGCUUGACCUGGCUUUGGGUCCUGCGGCCCUGUGCAUUGGAGGAACGACGCGGCUGCUGGCCACUGGAAAACGGACGAGGGGAGAACGCGGUUGGGGCGCACCCCUUGGGCUGCGGCGUGCCAUGCGUGUCGUCCGGUGUGUUGGCAGUUUGAUGGUGGCAAGUGUAAGCAUAGGUGUAUUUGACCCUGAAGAUGAGGAGGCGGGGCAGAUGUUUGAGAUGAGGAAGGCGUCGAAGGGGCAGGGUGCGCAGCGAGGGCGAGAUGCACCCGAAGGGCCGGUCGAUUGGGCAUGCCCGGGCUUCGCUGCACUCAUCCGAACUCUUAAACGAUGCGGUUGCAAUUAAGUUUGUGAGCUGGCCACUACCAACGUCCGCGUUCUGAGCGGUCGACACACGGUCAACACACUUGGCGGGUGUCAGUAUGACAAUCGAACAGGGG